CCACCCCUGAGUAAUCUUUCUUAGCCACUCUAAAUGACCUAACUGGUUCUCUUUCCUGAACUGCCUUCAUUUUUGUGAUGUGAGACAAAUGCCUGGGCUUUGACUGUAAGAGCCAGGGCAUAGCGGACGAUCACACGUUGUUAGAGGAGCACACGUCCAGCCAUUACUGUGAAAACGAAAUCAGAACCUCUUGCUUCCCUGAUCAAAACUUCUAUGCCUUUAAAACGAGCCUUCAAAUGUGCAUCAAAUAACUUAUUUCUCGGCGUCCAGCUAAACCUCCCCUCCUAUUCGCCUGUUAGCUUCCAUCUGAAACGGGACAAACCCCUCGUGUUUGCAGGCGGACACGGGCUGUUCAGAGGGCGGCAGAAAAUACAGGAAUAUCGUGGUAAAAAACACGCUGCGAGGCUGUCCGCAAAGGUUUGUUGCCUUGGCGUACUUGUCAUCUGCUGAAACAAAUCGUUUGGCUUUGUUAAAAUGUGUUCAAAUCAUUUCUCAUGUCUUCAUAAAUUCUUAAGUUCCCUUUUCUAUUUUUUUCGGCCCUCUUUCUUCCCUUUUUCCUUUCCGUCUUUUACUACCAUAGACUGGAGCGGAGAAGCGGCAGGGCAGCUCCUCCGAGAUGAGGAAGUGCCUGGAGAGUACAAAGGCACACGGCCUGGGGCUGGGGCUGAGGGGCCAGCAGCAGCCAGGUCUGGCUGUCACCAGAGCUGUGUCUUCAGCCCGUGCUUCCCAUAUAAAGGAAGAUCUGAAGAGCCUAGAGAUGAACAGACCUAGUUAAAGGCUUAGAAAUUAGAGCCCAGAAACUGCUUCAGGACCUGAGAUUAUUCAUCCUGUGACCACGAGGGACAGUUUAAUAAAUAACUUCCAGGCAAUAAAGGUCCCUACACAGAGACCUGCUGCUUUCAGAUCUAUAUGAAGAAGGGAAAUGUCUCAAGUUUGAGUUAGAAACAAUGACUUCAUUCUCGGGCUGUGGUGAAGGGCUAGAACAGGUUAGUCAGAAGGGCUGCUGAGCUUUUCUCCGGGCAUUUUGGAAAACACGGGAGAUUUCUGAAGCUCCCUGUGAACGUGCUGGUAGAGCGGGGGAGGAAUGAAGAGACCAGCCCUGGGAGCUCCUCGUUUCAUCUCUGCCUUCCGGAGUGUUUCACGGUGCCUGGACUGAGAAACGACAGAGGGGUGAGGGCAAAGGAGGAAGGAACAAACAGCAAAUUAAUCAUACAGGAAGCGAAUAACCGCAGAAGAACGUCUGCUUCUGACUCAGUAUGUCACAUUUAACAAGAGGCUAGAGCUUGUCCAAAAUGGCUGUCCAAAAACGACCCCACAUUUGUGUUAGAAGAUGAUGCCUUUUUCAGGACAGUCUUCUCUCUGGGCUCGUGUCUCGCUUGCUCUCUGUCGGCCUGUGUCCCCGAUCAUGCCUUCCUACGGCAUCCUUUAACGAUUUAUCAGCAAGACUGUUGAAAGCUUAACUGUCCAAGAUGCCCGUCCCUCCCCCUCCAGCGCCCCCGCCGCCGCCCACGUUUGCUGUGGCCAACACAGAAAAGCCUGCCUUGAAUAAGUCCGAGCAGGCCGGGAGAAAUGCCCUUCUCUCUGACAUCAACAAAGGGAAGAAGCUGAAGAAGACCGUCACCAAUGACAGAAGUGCGCCGAUACUGGACAAACCUAAAGGAGCCGGAGCUGGUGGCGGUGGUGGCUUUGGUGGAGGUGGCGGCUUUGGUGGAGGAGGUGGCAGCGGAGGUGGUGGCGGUGGUGGAAGCUUUGGGGGGGGUGGACCACCCGGCUUGGGAGGACUGUUCCAGGCUGGAAUGCCGAAGCUGAGAUCCACAGGCAACAGGGAUAAUGAUUCCGGAGGAAGCCGGCCCCCGAUUUUGCCACCAGGAGGAAGAGCCACAUCUGCCAAACCCUUCUCACCCCCCAGUGGCCCAGGGAGGUUCCCUGUGCCUUCUCCAGGCCACAGAAGCGGACCCCCAGAGCCGCAGAGGAACCGAAUGCCUCCCCCGAGGCCCGACGUGGGCUCCAAACCUGAUAGCGUGCCCCCUCCAGUACCCAACACGCCAAGACCCGGUCAAUCAAGUCUGCACAACCGGGGGACCCCGCCAGUGCCUGCGACCCCCAGGCAGCCUGGCCUUGGGCCGACUCCUCCCCCUUUCCCCGGAAACCGAGGUGCUGCUUUUGGAGGAGGCUCUAUCCGUCAGACCCCCUCGCCCUUCUCUAACCGGCCUCCCCUGCCGCCUACUCCUAGCAGGGCCUUGGAUGACAAGCCCCCUCCGCCGCCGCCUCCAAUGGGCAACAGGCCCUCCAUCCACAGGGAAGCUGGCCCCCCUCCGCCCCCCCAGAACAGCAAGCCCCCGGUGCCUUCCACUCCACGGCCUUCCUCCUUGUCGCAGGCCCCGCCGCCGCCGCCGCCGCCCAGCAGGCCGGGCCCUCCGCACCUGCCUCCAGGCUCCAGCGGCAGUGACGAAAUCCCAAGGCUCCCACAGCGGAACGUGUCCCUCACUUCCUCUGCACCGCCCUUACCUUCACCUGGACGCUCGGGCCCUCUUCCUCCCCCGCCCAGCGAGAGACCCCCUCCUCCAGUGCGGGACCCACCGGGCAGAUCAGGCCCUCUCCCACCGCCUCCUCCAAUAAACAGAAAUGGCAGCACAUCUCGGGCCCUGCCUGCCACCCCACAGUUGCCAUCCAGAGGAGUAGACAGUCCUAGGAGUGGGCCCCGGCCUCCUCUUCCUCCAGACAGGCCUGGUGCUGGGGCACCUCCCCCACCUCCACCAUCAACAUCAAUUAGAAACGGCUUCCAAGACUCUUCAUGUGAAGAUGAGUGGGAAAGCAGGUUCUACUUCCAUCCAAUUUCUGAUUUGCCACCUCCAGAGCCAUAUGUGUCAACAACAAAAACUUAUCCCAGUAAACUGGCAAGAAAUGAAAGCCGGAGUGGAUCCAACCGAAGAGAAAGGGGUGUCCCACCCCUUCCUCCCACCCCAAGGUGAUCCUUGCCUGCUGUUCUCCACCCAAGCCCAAGAGCUACUUCUGUUGUUGCUAUCAAGAGUUGCACACACUCCUCCCCUUGUCUUCCCUUGUCCCCUUCAUAUUGAGAGUAGGGGAGAAGGGAGGGUGACAUGAGAAUGUGUGUGUGGGGGGUGGGAAUCGGAUAAAGAAACGCACCUAGAUUUUUAUUCUGUGUAUAUUCUCAAAACUAUUGCUUGCUUCAGCUACAGCCCACCAGUGUUGACUGCUUGGGGUCAACUGGCUUUUAUGGCAAGUAGGCAGAAAUGAAUUGUGUCCCAGCUUUCAACCAACCAAACUCAAACAUUCACUGCAUAUUUGCUACAGAUAAUAUUAAAGUCCCUGAGAGCUGCUUGCUUCAAUGCCUUUUUUGCAUGCUUGGCCUCCUGUCUGUUUCUUUGAACCACAGACCACCUAAGCAAAUUGCUGAGUGAGGGCUCACAUGAAAUGUUUGUGGUUAUAGAUUAUAAUCUUUGGCAGUCUGAGGUAGGCUCUAGGACAGAGCUGUCCAAUAGAAAUAGAGUGUGAGCCACAUACACAAUUUAAAUAUUUCUAGUAGCCACAUUAAAAACAAAAAAAAGAAAAGAGGUGAAAUUAAUUUUAAUAUAUUUUUAUACAAAAUAUCAUUUUGACCUACAAUUAAAAUAACAAUUACCAAUGAGAUUAUUUUACAUCCUUUUUAUUUUGUACACAAAGUCUUCAAAAUCAGGUUUUGUGUUUAACACUUCAAGCACAUCCCUAUUUGGACUGGCCACAUUUCAAGGACUCCAUGGCCACAUGUGGCUGGGGGCUGUCAUAUUGGACAGUGCAGAUCUAGAAGACAGAGGCUGGUGCAAAAACUUCUUGUUCAAAAACACAAGGAAGGCAAGAUGAGCGUUAGCAAUUCAAGAGGUAACUAAACAUAAAAUUAGGACCAACACCUUGUGUAGCAGACGGCUGGACCUUAUUUUGCUUCCUGAUUUUCCCCUCUUCCCUUAAUAUCUGUAUGCAAGUGUUGCCUCACAGUACCAAGGUCAGAAAUUGCUCUAACAGGGUUUACAGUCACGUGGAAUAAAGCCAUCGCAAAGAAACCGAAAGCCUGUUGGGGCUUCUGGGCUCAGAGCCAGCUGGCAGGAACUCACGCGUCAGUUGGACUUUUGCCUUGCGCAUUUGAGGCCGCCUCCCAGCCUGCUCCUCAGGGUGGGGAGGCUUGGAGGCUCAGUCAUGGUGGGGGAAAGUCAGGGAAAGGUAGCAAUUCAGAAACUCAGAAGAAGGCACCAGAUUUGGGUUGAUGGGCAAACUCUAAAAAUCUAAAUCUGAUGCAUAUGGGGUUGAGAGAAAGAGAUUGCUACUGGAAAUUGGAGGGGAUUUGUUUUGAAACUAUCCAGGAACAUAUUUUGCCUUAUCUAUGCAAAUAAAGCUCCCAAAAGGACCAUCGGGAAGAGCCAGCCUUGCCUUUUUUGUAUGAUUUUGUUUACAGACUUUACUGGGACUUUUAAACCUAGUUAUAGAGUUGGGAAAAAAUUUUCAUUUUGAUAUUUUAUACAGUUGAUUAUGUUUGAAAUUACCAUUACUUAUUUUUUAAAAGCACAUGGUCACAAAUGUAUAUGUAUAUCUACCUAAACUUUGUAUCAUGGUUUCAGUGUAUUGUUCAUGUACGACUGGACAUUCUAACAAGAAAUCAAUCCAAAGAAAAAUUUGAAAGAAGCAUUCCUAUUUAUAGAAAAAAUAAUUGUUUCAUUUAUAUAAAAGCAAAAGAACUUAGAGUUCUAAUAAAUGGGAUGACUAAUAAAUUAUGGUGUUGCCCAUUUGAAUAUACUGUAUUUUUAUAACUUUUCUUGCCAAAGUCCUGGGCUUAGUACAUUAGGGAACUUGGGUUCCCCACCCCCUCUCCUCUACCAUUCAUUUGUCUUUCAGGCACUUGGGGUCCUUUACCCAAAAAAUAAAGAAAUAUAAAGGUAUAACAAACUUGGCAAAGUAUUUUUUAAAAAUGUAUUGCUCUUAUUUUGGAUUCUUUGAUCAGCUAUCAUUCU